AUGGUAUGUCCUAGCGGCUGGAGCGUCGAGUUCUCGCUCGAACGCGACGGAGCUUCCAGCUCUGAAUAUUCCGCGCUGAACUCGCCGAAAAAGUCGCUAAACACUGAUGACGCUGCGAUAUCGGUCGUGCCGGGGUUGCAUUGCGGCCCGGCUGGUCGGCAGACUCUGAUCAAGUGGAUUGAGGACAACUACAAGUUGCGCAAGAAAACGCAGUACUCCAACCCUGGCGCGCUAGCAUGUCGUCUUUGGCAGGAAUCACAGGGGUUUUCCGACCCGGUCGCCAAGGCCAUCGUGGACCUCCUGAAGCUCAAUGGCGUACCGGCCAACGUCACGUACAAGGAAGUGUUCGAGAAACACCUCUCCAAGCUGCUUUCCACCCUCAUCAAGAAGUCGGCGGACAACGAGGAGCGACUCACUGCACUCGCGGAAAAGAUGGUCGCAAUGUUCCAGGUCACCGAAAUACAGCCCAUGCUGUGCGACGUGCUGGACAAGCUCGACGACAUACCGCAGUUCGCCAGGGCGAAGCUGCUGGCCAACACCUCGUCGGCGAAUAAUUUUUUCAAGAUCGUCCCGAUUGGCGUGAAGCGCAAACUGUUGGCGGCAUCGCCUGCGAAGCUGUACGCGACGGUCGCCCCCCUGAUUGAGGAUGCGCUGUUCCUGCUCGACCUGGGGAUCAAGGAGGAAGAUAUGAAGGGGAAUGUGCUCUACAAAGGGUUUCAUGAGGAGUACAAGUCCAUCAUCGCAGAAAUCGUGAAUCUCAUCGGCCCACCCAAGACGCACACGUCCAGGGUCAUCUAUUUCCUCGUGCAGCAGACCAUCAGGGUGAUGUUCACCCGCAGCGUGCUGGCCACCAAGUCCGCUGCCACCAGGGCCGAGAAGAAGAAGGACAUCGAAUACGGCGUGUGGUUUGGCGACCAACCGUUCGACGCGUCCAACCUCAGCCGGGGACAGGCGCAAAACGAUGACUCCUUCAACGCCUACCGGCGGCACGCGGAGAACUCCAUAGGGAUCCUGUACAACCUGGAGGAGAACGCAGACGAAACUGUCAAGAGCGUGAGCGAGAUGCGGUACUCCGGCAGCGGCUGCUGGAACCUGAGCGCGAUCAGGCACUCCAUCACGACCCUCUACCAGGAGACGUAUCUCCUGCAGCCGGAGGAGAUGCAGGCCAUGGAGCCGUUCAUAAGCCUGACGCAUAUCAUCACGUGCAUCGGCGACAGCAACGUCUCGAAACUGCCCAUGGAGAUGCUGCAGAAACUUGCCAAGCCCAGCAAGGAGUCCAAGCCCCAUCCGCUGAAGAUCAGGGAUGACAUGGAACUGUUCGACGUGGCGUUCAUGCUGAGCAACCCCAUUGUUGCCAGCGGGAUCCUGUCGCACGUCUUGCACUACGUGGACAACACCAGCGCCGUGCUGCUGUCAGCGCAAACUGACAUUCACGACUGGUUGUCGCUGCUGGCUUUAGGCCUCUCCGCACACCACAUCGCUGCGACCAAGUUCCUCAUGGAGGUGGACCUGCAGCUGAGCGGUAGGAACGCCGACUCCGCGAGUCCAACGUUUGCAGGCGAAAGCUGCGUUUCCACGGCCCUGCUCAGAGCGGCGAAAAGUACCGGCAAGCCCGUUUCAGUCGCCAAGCUGAUCUCUUACGUGUACCCCGUGGACAGGACGGUGCGCGUGUCGGAGGACGUGCCGCCCAUUCUGUCAAACGUCAUGUCCGUGAAGAAUGCGCAGCGUGAUAGCGACCCUGCGAAAACUGCCGGCGCCGACGAGGACGAAAUGGCUUUUCACGAACUGCUAGUUCUGUACCUGCCGAGGGUCAACAUCGAGCGCCUCAGGGCCUUCAUCGCAGACUGCGCGGCCUUCUGCCGGGCGACAGAAACGUACGCCGAAGAGGAAGCAUAUGCAAGAGAGGCGACCAUACGCAUCCGCAGCAUCCUGGAGUCGUUCGACGAGAGCGUCUGCGACCCCAAGGAUCACCUGCAACGCGCGGCCGCAAUUGUGGAGAAGCGUGCGGCAUCCACGGAGCCGAACCGCAAGCCUUCGGUGCUGGAAAGGUUACACAGCAAGUUCAAGUUCAUCAACCGCACCGUGAUGUGCAUCCUGGCGACCACCGCCAACGUCACCAACCUCUUCAUGAAAAUGAUGGCGGUGCGGAUAAUCGCAAGCUGCGUCCAGCAGAAGGUGUCGCGACCCGUGGUAAAGCCGGUGCUGUACGAGAAAAUAAAGCGCAUCAACCUGAUUCGCCUAAGGGCGCCCACGGACUACAUCUGGCUCUGCCUAAUCAGAAUAGGGUUCUGCGCGAUGAACCUGCUGGAGUUCGACUCGCUGACCGAAUUUAUCGCAAACGUCACCAACCAGGGUCAGCUGUGCGCGUUCCUGCCGCUGUACACCUUGGCCGCGAGGCGCGGGGAGUCCAAGGCGAUACAUCGGCACAUCGACAGCAUCCACAGGUACGCACCGCCAGAAGGAUCACAUGGCCGCUUCAGGGUGGGACAGCAGCUCUUCCGCGGCCAGGAGAACAGCCGAAAAAUGGCGAGGUACACCUGCGCCUGUAAACAGAUCGAGGAGAUGUACAACACAUAG